ACAUUUACCCCGCCGCUUGAGCGAUCCACCUGUUCAGAGCGAGCUGAGAACACCGUCAAACGGCACAUCGAGAGUGCAAGAUCUCGCUGUCUGGGGUCCACGCUGUCAGGUCCAGCUGCCCGGCCCCAAGCCGCACCUGCGGGCCGCCCUCUUGCUCGAGCGGCCGGCCCGAAGCUCGGCGACGAGGAUCCGCCCGGGCGCACUCGGCCAGGCACGCGCGGGAACGAGGCAAGCAGAGAGGAGCGCACGGCACCCGAGAGGAGCGCUCGGCUUUGCUGGCCAGGAGCACGCGCCCGCAUGGCAAUUCUGCAAAAGCGCCGCCGCGACCCGGAGCGGGGUCGCGGCGAGCAGGGCCGUGGGCGCCGGCGCCCGCCUCCCAGAGGAGCGGCGGGGCACACUCGCGCGGCAGCCCGCCCCCCGGCAAUCAGGCCUGGGGGGCUCCGAAUUCAGCCCUCCGCCGACACGCGAGGAGGAGGAGGAGGAGGAGGGGGAGGAGGAGGAGGAGGAGGAGGAGGGGGAAGGCGGAGGCGAAGAGAGCAUGCGGAGGAUGCGCCUCCGCGCUGGGAGCCUGGCCCUCGCGGGUGCUGCGUCACAGGCCGGCAGCCUCUCCGCGCCGCCACACUGGGGGGCGGCCCGGGCAGUACGGCGGCCCGGCCGGCGGGGCGCAGCUGCGGCCGAAGGAGCGGUUCUCCGCCAGCAUGCGACGUAAAGGCUGCACGAGGGAAGUCGACAUCCGAGGCGGAGCGCAUCGGAUUCAGCAUGCCCACACCCACGUGCAGAAGGCUCGUAUACAGCACGGGGUAGAAGAUCAGGAACACGAUCUCCGACAGGAUCCCGGAGCUCGCGCCGUGCUUCCACUCGAACGCGAGGCGGACGGCGGACGCGAGCGCCUGGACGAGGUUGUGCACCCACACGAUGAAACUCAGUAUGUGCACGUAGCGGAAGGGAACCUGCGAGUCCGUGUAGGUGAACAGCUUCCCAAUGAUGGCGUCGCGCGCGCCGCAGCAGAGCCGCAGCAGCUGUGGCAGCAUCGUCACGGCGUGGGGCAUGCGGCCGCCUCCGUCGGCCGACUCCCCGUACGCGAGGUGGGCCAUCUGCACAUCCAGGCCCAGACGCACUGCGGGCGGGAGGAGAGCGGCGCCAGGAUGGCCAUCUCCUCCUGCGGCAGG